UCUGGGACUGGCUCUCUGGGCAGACGUCACUCAAGUCACUACGGCUCCUCCCCUCUCAAAAUGGCGAUGCGCUCAAUGUGGAAGGCGCGUGGGUGCUGGAGCUGCAUCCGGGCAUUUCAUAAAGGACCCGAAGCUGCUCAGACUCCCCAGAAAGAUGCUGUGAAGCGAGUAUUCUCAGGCAUUCAGCCUACAGGAAUCCCCCACCUCGGCAAUUACCUGGGAGCCAUUGAGACCUGGGUGAGUUUGCAGGAAGAGUACAGCUCGGUGCUCUACAGCAUCGUUGACCUACACUCCAUCACCGUCCCCCAGGACCCGGCCGUCCUCCGGCAGAGCAUCUUGGACAUGACAGCUGUUCUUCUUGCCUGUGGCAUAAACCCAGAGAAGAGCAUCCUUUUCCAACAAUCUCAGGUGUCUGAACACACACAAUUAAGUUGGAUCCUUACCUGCAUGGUCAGAUUACCCCGGUUACAGCAUUUACACCAGUGGAAGGCGAAGGUUGCCACACAGAAGCAUGGCGGGACCGUAGGCCUGCUCACAUACCCAGUGCUCCAGGCUGCUGACAUCCUGUUGUACAAGUCCACACACGUUCCUGUCGGGGAGGAUCAAGUCCAGCACAUGGAGCUUGUGCAGGGUCUAGCACGAGAGUUUAACAAGAAGUAUGGCGAGUUCUUCCCGGUGCCCAGGUCCAUUCUGAGAGGUAUAAUCCCCCCAUGGGAUCUGAAGCCUCACCAGCAGCUGGGAGACUACACAAGUGUGGAAGGUUCUGGAGGAAAGAAGCUGUGCUUCUCUAUCAACAUUUUGGUGGGGAUGUAGAUUUGUGGCAGGGGCAGAGAUCAUUGAGCCUAAGCGCUGUCCAUCUUUAUUAAACUGACAACAUUUUAUAGGAGUAUAACAUGGGCCUAGUAUAUGAGUUCAGAAGCAUAAGGCAGGUAUAAAUUUCUAAGCUAUUCCAGUAAUUCACACAAACAAAAAAUGGGCCUACCAUGCAUUGAAAUCAAGCUUCUUUUAGCAAUAAGUAGUAGUUUAAUGUUCUUGCCUAUUAUUAUUUUACCUAUUUCAACUUGGAUGUUUCUGCAAUAGCCACAAAACAGGCAAUUAUUAAUAACACUGGUUUGUAAAGCACAGCUUAACAUCUUGAUUCUAUCAGAGGAAUAACCAACUCACGUGUGUGUGUGUGUGUGUGUGUGUGUGUGUGUUGGUAUACACUUAUAUAACUGUGGUAAAGAAAUGAAAGGAUUUCCAUAGAUUGUUAAAAUUUGUUGGGGGCAGGAAGGGCAGUGUUCUAGGCAGAGGGUAAUUAGCUAACAGGGAUGAGCAGAGAGGGAAAAGAGAGAAGGAGAGGAAAGACAUAGACCAGACUUUUUAGAAAGGUAUGCACGGCUAACACGCAGAAUGAUUUCAUUUGUCUAAGAUUAAACAUUGUAUGUGUAUGGAUGCAUUAAAAGAUGCAUGAAAAUAUGAUCAACCAAAUGUUAACAGUUUUAUUACAUGUUUCAGGUGAUCUUUAUUUUCAUGCUUAUAUAAAUGGCUUGAAUUUUUCACAUGGGUAUUUGCUAUUUUUAUAAUCAGAUAAAAAUAAUAAGGUCAUAUGACAAGAAAUCAUAAGUGUUGGGGGGGAUGUGGAGAAAGAGGAACCCUC